AUGGCUGGGCUUCCCUCCCAUAUUUUUGUCGUUAGACAUGGAAACCGUUUAGAUGCUGCCGACAAGAAAUGGCAUCUCUCGUCCCCGACCCCAUACGAUCCUCCCCUCACAUACAAUGGCUUUCAGCAAGCCCGAUCAGUUGGCAACCAGAUUGCUUCCAUACUAGAGCAGGCCAAACAAGACGCGGAAUCGCCAUCAGCAAACCCAACCGGCCGGCGGAAACGCUUUCGAGUUGUUAUCCAUAGCUCUCCAUUUCUGAGAUGUGUUCAGACGUCUGUUGGAAUCAGCUCGGGCCUGGCCCAAACUGCCCCAGGUUCUACUCUCAGCCCACCCGAGCUCAUCCUGCCCAGGGCACCUCCUCCUGGGAAAACUGAUACUCCCUUUCGCUCUUCGAUCCUUCGCCUCGACGCCUUUCUUGGCGAAUGGCUGUCGCCGGAAUAUUUCGAGAAUAUUACUCCGCCGCCAGGCUCGUCUCUCAUGAUUGGCAGUGCCAAGGCUGACCUGCUGAAGCGGGAAGAUUAUAGCAUAUACACCGAAACUCCGAUUAACGAUCCCCCUCCACAACCCAGGAAAUCGUCGCUAUGGAGCGCGUCCCCCAUUCAAAAUUCGGGGAGCGAUGAGAUAUCAGGAAGUUCUUCACCUUCUCAGCCGGUGGAUGACAAGAAUACCUACAAGCCUCUAAGACCAGCCUAUGCAGUUUCCAACGCUGGCCCGAUACCCCACGGCUUUGUAGCGCAUGCCCGGGACGAGUGCGUAUCUGUAGACUAUCAAUGGGACUCGUCGAGACCUCCCUUGGAUUUUGGAGACGGCGGUGAUCUUCCCGAAGAGUGGACGACUAUGCAUAGGCGCUUCCGGGGCGGCUUGAAGAGGAUGAUUAACUGGUAUGCGACUGCCGAGGCUCCUGCUGAGCUGGUCUCGGUGCCAGUCCACUCCACGACGAGCCCAAGCAACGGCGUAUCCAAUGCAUCGAACGAGGAUAUCGAAACGGUCGUUAUAAUUGUCUCCCAUGGCGCAGGCUGCAAUGCUCUCAUUGGAGCCAUCACCCACCAGCCCGUUCUUAUGGAUGUGGGAAUUGCCUCGAUCACGAUGGCUGCGCGGAAGCCAGACUUGGACUAUCCCAAGCUGCUUCAGGAGACACAAGCUCAGGACCACAGGGGGAAACCUCUCGUUCACAUUGACUACAUGUAUGAUAUUCGAAUUUCCGCAAGCACGGAGCACCUCCUUUCCUCCUCAUCAGGUUCACCCCGGGUUGGGAGCAUGAAUGGUGGCUGGAAUAAUAACGGUCGUGGCCGUACGUCAACUCUUGGGAGCACCCCUGGCCCAGCUCUUGGAAGCAUCACCUUCAACGAUUCGUUUUCUGGCGGGGUCGGCGCUGGCCACCGUAGCAGCUCGGCUAGCGCGACCUUUGGUGUGCUGAAAAGACGAGACUCGGGUUCGCAACGACCUGGUGCUCGAAGCUCCUUGGCAUCAACUGGGCUCUUCUCCGGUCCCGGAGCAAGCAGUGGAGCCAGCGGGCGACAGUCCCCUGGUGGGGGAUUAUGGAGACCGGCACCUGCUCCAUCCUCGCUUCGGCUCAUGGAUGAUGGGACCAAUGACGCAAACCAGGAUGACGACGAUGAUGGGUUUCCCAACUUUGACCAGGUACGCCUCAAUUCCAAGUUGGCCUCGUCUCCCCCGCAAGGCGAACCCCGCGAUGCAUAUGAAGCUAUUGAGGAAGACGACGAAGCUACCGGGCCAAUCUUGGCAGCCCCUAUUAAGCUGCAGACUAGUUGGGCCCUUGACCUGGAGCAAGAGAAUAAGCAUAAACCCAUCGAGAUGACCAAGUCUCCGCUGGGUGACGGCCUCGGGGACCUCUGGGGCCUGCCGCAACCCCCAGAGGAAGCCGAGCGCCUUCGUGAUCUGAGUUUCACCAAGCGGCGCUGGACGGUGAAUGAAAAAGCAGUAUGA